CUCCCUCCCUCCCUCCCUUCCUUCCUUCCUCCAGUUCGUCUUAUAGAACAAGCGGAAAUUGUGCGGUGUCAGCGACUGAAGCGAAGAAGCACGGCCCGAAAUAAUCGAAUCAGAUCACAGAAAACGUAAGAGUCUGGACCCGUCCGCUUUUAGAGUCCACGUACGCGGGUACCUACCACAAGCACCAACCUGCUCGAGGCCGGAAUGGCAGAACGAUGAGGCGAGAGACCGAGGCAAUUGGGAGGAAGUCGAGAAACCCUAAAACCUGGCGGGAGUGGAGACUGGGGGAGCGAGAGAGCGAGAGACAGGGAGGAAGGAGGGAGGGAGGAAGGAAGGAAGGAAGGGGAAGGGGCAGGGGCAGGGAGGUGUGGAGGGUUUGUGGCUUGAGAGAGCGCGCUCGUGAUUGCACGGCAGGCGAAAUUGAAAGCGCGAGCGCUGAAUUUCGUCUUCUGCAGAUGCGCCGAGCGUGGGCCGGUGGGCGUCUUCCGUCGCGAGAGCUGCAUGGGGAUGAUCGGUUCGGCCUCUGAUCGAUAGAUUGGUCGAUUUGAGAAAUGGAUCAGUGUGUCGUGGGCACGCCCACGACAUGAUUGCCAAAGCUGUGCACAUUGCCUUGGAUUUUGUUGGGCUUAGCUUCUUGAAUCGGUACGUAAUCGGAUAGGAAACGGAAGCUGUGGCCAAAGAGGGAGGGAGGGAGGGAGGGAUGGAAAGAGGGAAGGGAGCGUCAGGACGAGGAGUGGAGGAAAGAAGGGGGCAUUGCGUUGCUGCCUGCGGUGGAGGAAGCACGCGAAGGAAGUAGUCGUGGACUCCUGCGCCUGUAGAUUAUGCACGUAGCGGGACCCGUGGAAAGUCGCGAAAAGGCAAAUACAGGGGCGGGGGUCGGUUGUGGACCCGGAUAAGGGGCCCAAGUGGUGCUCCCAUGGAAGGGACGAUGGUGGAUGUCAUUGUAGAGAAAUCCGCCGAUGAUCUACGUCGCGAAAUUGACGAACUGAAUCGGCAGCAACGCGAGUUGACAGAACGGUUGCGGGACCCUAGAGGGCUGCGGAAGAGGAUCCCUCUCGGUGCUGGAGCUCGUGGUGCUGGUCUAGGAGUUGGUUCGCAAAGAGUUGCUGGACGUGGAGGAGCUCAACGCGGAGCCGUACGAAGGGGUGAUGCAAUCGAUCCAGAAGAGCAGCCACUGACAAAGAAGCGGCUUUUGUCUGCCGUUGUCAAGGUGGAAGGUGAUGAUGACGGAACCGAAGCUCAUAAGAACGAAGAGGAGCCCUUAGAGGAAAAACAUGCAGAGGCUCUUGAGGAAGCAGAAGAUGAUCGCAAAAGGCAACUGCCCCGAUUAAACACUAAUGGGAGAAGGGACUUCAGGGGAGUUAGAGAAAGGGGCUUCGCGGACCAUGAUAAUCAGGCCGCUGAACCGUUGCCCAGAGUAAUCCCGAAAAUAGAUGAUCCGAAUGUCGCGAAGAGAAAUCGUCGAAUGUUUGGUGCUCUUCUGGGAACGCUCGAGAAAUUUAAGCAAGAAGACCAGAAGCUCUCAGGUUCGGAGGCUUUUAUUCGGAGGUCAACUUCGCAAAAGAGGGCUGAACAGAGAGCCCAAGAGGAAAGCGAGCGCUUGCGUCAGCAGGAGCGGGAGCAGCUUGCCGGAAAGAGGAAGAGAGAUCUGGUGCUGCGCGCUCGAAUAGCCGCCAAAUCAGAGGAGAAGCAAUUAGAGUUGCUAUUUAUUCAAUGGACGGAUCACCAAACUCAACUCUGCUCAUUUUUAAGGACUAAAGCUGAACCAAACAUAUUCUACAUGCCUGCCAAAUUCUCAGACGAGACAGAGAAGUUACUGCAGGCGCGGAAAGAGGAGCUUGUGGAAUGGAAAAGUAAACGCAGAGCAGAGUUGACAGAGUACCAAAAGCAAGCUACUGCUGAGCAUCUGGCUCGGGUUGAAUCGGAAAUUGAGAAAUGGCAGGCGGGUACCCAUACUCAUAACAAUGACGUUACUGGCAGCGUAGCUGAGGAAACUGAGGAAAUGGAAGGGACAGGAGACGACGAAAGAUCUCAUGGCAGACAUGGUUGGAAAAAGGGCAGAGUAUCGGUAGCGUCAGACAACGUAGAAGAUCAUAGAGAGGGUAUCCUUGAGGAAGCGGAGGAGGGAGAGGCUGACGGUGAAUCACAUGAUGCUUUAUUGAAGGAAAAUUCGGAAGGAGAAGACACAGUAGAUACGAAGGAUGGUGUUGAUGGUGGAGCCUUGAAGGAUGUCAUGGGUUAUGGUAGUGGUGAUGAUGAAAUGGAUGAGAGAUGAGCCAGUCCUUUUUUUGUAUUCCUUGUGAAUUAAAUGAAUAGAGAUGCCGGCAUUUUUUCCCUUUUCACGAGCGUUUGGCUUUCUAGCUGUUUAGCUACUGCUCUCUGAUUGGAUCAGAAGUAGGAGUGAAUUGUGAAACUGAUAAAACGGGUUUGCUGCUGUGAACUCUACGUAUCGACACGACGGAGCACCGACCUUUUCAUGAAAAUUUCUUUAUUGGUGGUUGUCAGCUACUCUUCGUCUCGACGGUUUCGAAAGUGUGAGCGUCUAUGAUGAUGUCUAAAGAUCCUUUACGUCGUCAGAGCACGACGCAACCGGUACUAUCAUGUGCUAAUUACUGCAAGUCACAGGUGCGCUGUAUGAUAAAUUGAGUUCUAAAUGUGGCAAUGGUUCUUAUUCAUUCUGUUUACAUUAGUCAGGGUCUUGACCAACUGAAGUGCAGAAUUGUAUCCAAGAUUAGCUUCUGUUACGAAGUGAAGUGGUGUUCAAGUAUCGAGAUGAAAUCACAGCAGUGAGGUAUUACAGUAUGAGUAGGCCAGACAAUCGCUCCACUGUCGUCUGGGAAUUUCACGAGUCUCAAAAUAUCCGUGAAGAUUUUCGAUGCGGUUCUAGAUUUCACAUCGAGAUACUUGUUUGUCUUGAAACAUGAAGGGAAGAGUGAUUGACUUUACAUCGUGAAAUAAGGCAGCGGGUGAGUGAAACUUUGAAGAAAAUAUCAAUAACGAAUUCGAAUAUGCAAAAAUAUGGUCACAAAUUUCAGCACCUACUUUACAGUAGAAAUUUUAC